AGAAUAGGGGGAAUUUGCGCAGUACUUGGUGAAAGCUGCGCAAAACGAACCCAUCCUCAGUAUUGUAGCACGAUGGGGGGGGACUUUUCACGUCACGCGCGAAAUUCAGAAUGCGAAAACAAGAGGCGGAGCGCGCGCGCUUUCAACUGCAGCUUCCGUGUAUAUGUAUAUAUGUGUGUGUGUGUGUUUAGUGUCUCUGUUCCGCUGUUUUUAAGCAUUAUUAUAAAGCAAAUCAACGAUGGCCGAUCAAAGUUAUUACUCCCCGAGUUUUAAGAAGCCAUGUGAUGUCCUGCGCAUGAGGAGAAGACGGGCCCGGAGCGACGCGGUGAACCGGAGCGCUGCUGCAGCGUCCCGCGGGCCGGAGGGAGCUGAUAUCCGGCCUUUCUCUCCAGGGCCUCUGCUCAACACUCACACUCGAGCAGGCGGCGGAGUGAAGCGCAGGAACCCGUUCGCUAACAUCGACAACACGUACAACAGCCCGAAGAAGAGAAACUGUACCGAAAACACACCGGAGUCUAAACUGCUGUUCAGAGCUCUGUGUGAGGGAGAGAGUCUCGGAGAGCGGAGUGCUAAUAGAGGAAACCUCCACACAAAGUCAGAGGAACCGGUUUCUUUUUCUGAAGAUCAGUCGUUAUUUGAAGAGGAUGUGUUUGAGGCUGAAAAAGCCACUCCUAUCCUGAAGAGCCCUGGUGCUCCUGAUCUUCGCAGCGAGACCCAUCCGGAAGUGUGUGGAGAAUAUCCUGCAGACUGGAGCCUGAAGACCCGAGUACUCGUCACCUCUCCACAGUCCUUCUCCUGGGCCGAGCAUCUGAAAGCUCAAGAGGAAGCACAGGGCCUGAGCUUACACUGCAGGGCAGAGUACAGUCCUCUACCACAGAAUAUCCAGGAUCCUCGCAGCUGUGCUGAGCUCCGCUGUGGUUUCCAGCAGUGUCUGCAGUACUGGCAGCAUCCUUCCCUGCCGUGGCUCUCUCUGUUCCCCAGGAUCGGUGCCAAUCGCAGUUUCUCUGGCAAAAGUACACCAUGGGCACAGGAUGCUGCCUUACAGCAGAGCCUGAUGAGUGAAUGGUCAGUGAGCUUGACUUCACUGUACAGUCUCCUAAAGGCCAGACUCUGUCCAUACUUUUACCUUUGUUCCUACCAGUUCACUGUGCUGUUCAGAGCAGCAGGACUGAGUGGAGCUAAAGGCAUCACUGCACUACUUUCACCCACCACCAGGGGCCUGCGGGAAGCCAUGAAAGCUGAGGGAAUAGAGUUCUCACUCCCUCUGCUGGAAGAGAAAAGGAAGAGCAAAGAGAACAGCUCUAAUGUAAAUGACCACUCUCCCCUGACUGAAGGAGAUGAACAGAGCAGUACCUUGACGUCUGAGUAUAGUGAUAAGGAAGAGGAGCAGGAGGAAGAGGAGGAUGAUGAUGAAUGUUUCUCCUGGCUGAAGGAAAUGGGGGUGCAGGACAAGAUCAAGAAGCCUGAUGCCAUCUCAAUCAAGCUGCGUAAAGAGCACAACGAGGUACGACUGGACCACAGGCCUGAGUCUGUAGUUCUGGUGGAGGGUUCGAACUCCUUCACCUUGAUCAACUUCCUCAUCAACUGUAGGAGCCUGGUGGCUGCAGCUGGACCUCAGGCAGGGUUACCCCCCACACUGCUGGCCCCAACAGCGUUCAGAGGAGCUACACUACACACACUGAAGGCACGAAGUGUGAAUGUGAAGACCCAGGUGAGGACAGGUUAUCAGGAUGUGUGCAGUCUGGAGGUCACUGGUCCUAUUAUGCCUCAUGCACUACACACACUGACCCAGCUCUUGAGACCAGCCCAAAAAGGAGGCUUCUCCAUGGCACUCUACACACACGAGGCUAGCGCUGUUCUAAAUGUACCAGUCAGCAAGCUGUCCGAGUCUGACGGACAGAGUACCGUGAUGGAGGAGUUGAGCCGCUGCGGUCUACAGCAAAACACGGUGCAGCAGCUGACCGAGGCGUCCACGCUGGGCAAGAGCGCACUCCGACACCUGGACAUGAGGGACUAUUCAUACAGCUGGAGGUCCUGAUGCCUCACAAUAGACUCCAUAAUAAGUCAAACACUGCUUCUGAAUUCUAAAGGUUAAUUGUUUAACCUGGUGUGUGUUUGUGUGUGUGGAUGAUUUAGUGUGUGGGUGAUUUAUCUGUUUGUAAAGUUUUAACAUGUGACUGUGUUAAGGGGGGUGUGGGGGGCUAGUUCAUUUCACUCCUCAUUUGCCUGAAGGACUUGAAGCUAUUCGGCUCACUCGUGAUCUUGAACAACAUGCGUGUCAUUUAGGAAUUCUGUGCUGGAGAACAGGAAUGUUUGGAUGAAAUUCUAGCUUUAUAUCAUGAAGAUCUGUGCUUUACAUUUUAACCUUGUUGUAUGUAUUGUAUAUUAAAUGAACUGGCUUUUUGUAUUAUGGACUACUGCAUAUUUGUUUUUGUUAAAAAUGUAAUGUUAUCGCAGUGCUAGCAGAGUAAUCAGUCAUGCUGUAAUGGGUGUAGUGGAUAUAAAGAAUAACAAGCUGGCUGUAUUUUACUAGCUUUUUUUUUUUUUUUUUUAGAGCAAAGGGUGUUAAGGUGAAAAAAGCCUCCACUCACACAAGGCUGCUGAUGGAAACCACUGGGGCUCCAGGAGUGGGAUUGGGGUUCACAUAUUAGAGUUUGUAUGUAGACAGCAUUGUGUGUAUAGUUUCAGCAUGGUGUCCAUGGGGUUCGAAUCAAAAGCAGCCUUAAUUAAUCACUCAUACAUUACAGUACAGUGAAAUUCUUUUUUUUUGCAUAUUGUGGCUUGUUAAAAAGUUUGGGUCAGGGUCAACUAAGACAUGGUGCCCCUGAAGCAGGUAGGAGUAACGGUGGCAGCUUGGCAGUGCUGGGGCCUGAACCUCUCACCCUCUGAUCAGUAACCCAGAGCUAAUUAAUGUUUCUGUAUAGUAGUUAACAACUGAGACGCCACACAGACAGUGAGGUGGUUGUGUAAUACUCUGGAUACAGCUUCAGCAUGCUUGUUGUGGUUGAAGUGGUUAAGGCUCUGGGUUGUUGAUCAGAGGAUCAGGGUUCAAGCUGUUGGGCAUAUGAGCAAGGCCCUUAACCCUCCCUGCUCCAGAGGUGCGCUAUCAUAGCUGCCCCUGCGCUCUGACCCCAACUUCCUUAACUGAGAUAUGCGAAGAAAAGAAUUCCACUGUGCUGUAAUGUAAUGUAUGUGUGGUGAUAAAGGCUUCAUGCCCUCACUUACACUCAGCUCACCUCAAUACUGACAACUGAAUAGAGUAAAAAAGAGAUUCUCCUACUCAGCUAAUACAAUAUCACAC